UCUGGUUUUUUUUUUUUUUUUUUUUUUUUUUUUUUAUGGGGAGGCGGCGCUUGCCCUCUCGUAGUGUGAUAUUUUCACAGUCCGUCGGUCGAUGCCAGAGGGUUUGGGGAGGAAAAGACAAAAAGUAGUUUCCCCCCUCCUUUCUCUCCUCCUUUUUCUCGCUAAUCCCGCCUCCUCCUCCGAGUUAGGAAGACUCUUGGAUGCGUUUGGGUUGUCGCUAGGGUUUUUCUUUUUUCUUUUAAUACCUAGAAAAGGAAAAAACAGGAACCCUCGGAUCUGAUUUUUUUCGCUUCUCGUUCCUGUCCUUGGUUCUUACUGUGUUUGUGUAUUUUAACGGCGAGAAGAGGAGGGGAACUCGCCGGAUCCAUCCAUCGCUGUGGGUGGUUUUAAUUUUUCGUUUUUCUCCUAAUUUUUUUUUUUUAAAAGCAACAACCACUCUUCACAAUGAACAAACUGUAUAUCGGAAACCUCAGCGAGAACGCCGUCCCCUCGGACCUAGAAAGUGUCUUCAAGGACGCCAAGAUCCCGGUGUCGGGACCCUUCCUGGUGAAGACGGGCUACGCGUUCGUGGACUGUCCGGACGACAGCUGGGCCCUCAAGGCCAUCGAGGCGCUUUCAGGUAAAGUGGAACUGCACGGAAAACUCAUAGAAGUUGAGCACUCGGUCCCCAAAAGGCAGAGGAUUCGGAAACUUCAGAUACGAAAUAUCCCGCCUCAUUUACAGUGGGAGGCAAAUUCUUUACUGCUGAACUACCCAGGAAGCCCCUUGCUGCUGUUACCAGUUUAUCAUAAAGGAUCCAAAUCAAGAACAGCCAAAUAUAAGAGUCGCAUUGGAAAGGUGCUGGAUAGUUUACUAGUCCAGUAUGGAGUGGUGGAGAGCUGUGAGCAAGUGAACACUGACUCGGAAACUGCUGUCGUCAACGUAACCUAUUCCAAUAAGGAGCAAGCCAGACAAGCUUUAGACAAGCUGAAUGGGUUCCAGCUGGAGAACUUCACGCUGAGAGUGGCCUACAUCCCCGAUGAGAUGGCGGCCCAGCAGAGCCCCUCCCAGCAGCCCCGUGGCCGGCGUGGGUUUGGGCAGAGGGGCUCCUCGAGGCAGGGGUCUCCAGGGUCAGUGUCCAAGCAGAAGCCGUGCGACUUGCCUCUGCGCCUGCUGGUUCCCACCCAGUUCGUUGGAGCCAUUAUAGGAAAAGAAGGCGCCACCAUUCGGAAUAUCACCAAACAGACUCAGUCUAAAAUUGAUGUCCAUCGGAAAGAGAAUGCAGGUGCCGCUGAGAAGUCAAUUACUAUCCUCUCUACCCCUGAGGGCACCUCUGCAGCUUGUAAGUCUAUUCUGGAGAUUAUGCAUAAAGAAGCUCAAGAUAUAAAAUUCACAGAAGAGAUUCCUUUGAAGAUUUUAGCCCAUAAUAAUUUUGUAGGACGUCUCAUUGGUAAGGAAGGACGGAAUCUUAAAAAAAUUGAGCAGGACACUGACACUAAAAUCACAAUAUCUCCAUUGCAGGAGCUGACACUGUACAAUCCGGAGCGCACCAUUACGGUGAAAGGCAACGUGGAAACAUGUGCCAAAGCUGAGGAAGAGAUAAUGAAGAAAAUCAGGGAGUCUUACGAAAACGAUAUUGCUUCUAUGAAUCUGCAAGCACAUCUGAUUCCUGGAUUAAAUCUGAACGCCUUGGGUCUGUUCCCACCCACAUCUGGGAUGCCACCUCCCACCUCAGGGCCCCCAUCAGCUAUGACUCCUCCUUACCCACAGUUUGAGCAAUCCGAAACGGAGACGGUCCAUCUCUUCAUCCCAGCGCUGUCUGUAGGCGCCAUCAUCGGCAAGCAAGGGCAGCACAUCAAGCAGCUCUCUCGCUUCGCAGGAGCGUCUAUUAAGAUCGCUCCAGCUGAAGCACCAGAUGCUAAAGUGAGGAUGGUCAUUAUCACCGGGCCUCCGGAGGCUCAGUUCAAGGCUCAGGGAAGAAUUUAUGGAAAAAUUAAAGAAGAAAAUUUUGUUAGUCCUAAAGAAGAGGUGAAACUUGAAGCUCACAUCAGAGUGCCAUCCUUUGCUGCUGGCAGAGUUAUUGGAAAAGGAGGCAAAACGGUGAAUGAGCUCCAGAAUUUGUCAAGUGCAGAAGUUGUUGUUCCCCGUGACCAGACUCCUGAUGAGAAUGACCAAGUGGUCGUCAAGAUAACUGGUCACUUCUAUGCUUGCCAGGUUGCCCAGAGAAAAAUUCAGGAAAUUCUGACUCAGGUAAAGCAGCACCAACAGCAGAAAGCUCUGCAAAGUGGACCAUCUCAGUCAAGGCGGAAGUGAAGGCUCAGGAAACAGCCCACCACAGAGGCAGACGCCAAACCAAAGACAGACUGCUUAACCAACAGCCGGGCGCCGACCCCUUACCCAGCAUCACAUGCACAAGUUUUUACCUAGCCAGUUGUUUCUGAGGACCAGGCAACUUUCGAACUCCUGUCUCUGUGAGAAUGUAUACUUUAUGCUCUCUGAAAUGUAUGACACCCAGCUUUAAAAAAAAAAAAAAGAAAAAAGAAAAAAAUGAGGGGGGAGGGAGGGAAAGAGACGAACUCUGCACUUCCCUUUUGUUGCAUUUCUCAGUAUAACAAAUAUCUAAUUUUUAAAAACAUUCAUUUCCCCCAUGAUGCCAGAAAUUGGCUUAAAUGGUGCAUUCAUGAAACUCAUCAAGUAAAACUAGAUUGCUCCUAAGUCCAAUUGUUAAAAUUGGAUCAGAACAGAAUUGUUACAAGUACUUAAAUGUUAACCUAUUAGCAUAGAAAAACUGUUCUCAGUUUAACACUAACAUAAAUAACCUAAGGGAAGUGCUGAAUGGUGUUGGCAGGGGUAUUAAACGUGCAUUUUUACUCAACUACCUCAGGUACUCAGUAAUGCAAUGAAAGCAAAAUUGUUUUUUGUUUUUUUUUUUUCUGAAAAUUUUAUAUACUUUAUAAAGAUAAGUCCAACUGUUUUUUAAAAAAUAAAUUUAAUUAGCUAACAGGCGAAUAACUGAAAAAUUUUACUUCUGGCUGGUGACAGUAAAGCUGGAAAAAUUUCACGUUUUUUGAGGCUUCUGACAGUUAUUAGUUGGAAAUUCCAAUAAAUGUUCAGUGAUACGGAGCAGUGCCUAUAUUUGGAGAGCAGCAAAUACCUUUUGUUUAUGGUAGGGAAGUUUUUGAUGGUACUAACGGAGCAAAGUGGUUGCAGGAGGUUUUGGAACGACUAGUUUUAAAUGGCUUCAGGAGACUUGUUUUUCUGUUUGGCUAUGUGAUUGAAUGCAUAAAUGCUUUGUGCUUUUGACUAUCACUACCUAAAGUAAGUGUAUCUGUGGAGACAUGCAGCCCCCGUGAAUUUAAUCACUUGACUGGCAGGAAGAAAGCUUUAGCUUGCCUUACAGGAUGCUUAGUUUGCCAAUACACUUCAGACCAGUUGGUCUAUGCUUGGAGCAGACCCCAAAAGAGUUGCUUUGUGAAGACCAGUGGGGCAAUCAGAUGGUGUGACAGUGUUUAAAGGCAAUAAAAAGGCUACAUCUCCAUGUGCCAGGCACUGUCAUGAGCCUCAAAGUAAGCUGUUUUGAAGAUUUUAAGCAAUGAUAAAUCAAGAUAAAUGAAAGGCCACCUAAAAUAUCACAUACAAUGCAGGAGGAUUUCUGUAUUCUCUGCACCAGUUAUCUGAAAAUAAGUCAAAAGAUAGAAAAAAGAACAACUUUGGAAAUAUAAUUUCAAUGACUGUGAUAAUACAUUUGACCUUUGCUACUGAACGCAUUCACCCAUUCCUUAACUUGACGGCAAAGCCUGGUAUGUACAAUUACAUGGGUGUGGGUGGUCUCCGAGGCCACGCUGCUCUCAAGAGUUGUUGCUUUUGUUCAUUAAAUAAUCACAGUCAUCAUAUAAUACUGAUCUGAAGGGCAGAUAUCACCCGUAAAGUAUCAUUUUGCUUCAUUUGUAUUUCAAGAUGAAUUUCUACACGGACUAGGUAAGUUUUUCUGAAGAUCACUGUAUCAAUUAAACAUUUUGAAAAUGACUUGAAAUGUUUUUCUAAAUGUUUUGAGAAAACCAGUUUAUUUUGUAGUUUUAGCCAAAAAGUGCCCUUUUUGUCACUGAAUUCAUCAAGCGUUUGUUUUUUCUAUACAAUGAAUUGCUUAAAAGAAGUAAUGGACUGGCUUUCUGGUUGGAUUUUGGGUAUAAUGGGCUUAAGGCCAGAGCUCUUCCUCAGUAUUUGAUUUUUCAAGCUUUUUUUUUUUAAAUACAGAUAGGUGCUACAUUUAUAUCUGCCUGUUUAAAUUCUGUCAUAUUUCACUUCUAGCCUUCUAGUGUGGCAAAUCAUGUUUUACUUUCAAUGAAGCAUUGGUAAUGGAGUAUCUGGUAAUACUAGGAAGUAAUUCUGUAAUUGAGUUUUGCACUCACCACAUAUGGAUCAUUCCUCAUCUGUAAUGUGCCCCAAAUGCAGCUCCAUUAUCCAGAUACCUUGAUGCAGAAUAAAGUACUUCAUUAUUAGGUGCA